AUGUCAGGUUCGAACGAUCUUGGUCAGUGGUAUAAGAGUAUACCUCCAAUAACUCGUGUUUGGUUUACAGCUUCUAUUGUUGUUCCUCUAGCUGUAG